GGAUCCUAUUGGGAUAUUCUAGCAAGUGCAUUUCCAAUCAUCUAUAUAGACUGCUGCUUGUGUAACUUCUGUUUUUGCAAUAUUUCCCUCCACACUUCCUUCUCUAUUAAGCCCAUUAUCCACAGCAGCAACCAUGUCUGCUUUCGUUGGAAAGUUCUCAGAUGAACUGAUCAAGAAUGCCAAGUACAUUGCCACCCCAGGAAAGGGCAUUCUAGCCGCCGACGAAAGCACUGGUACCAUCGGGAAGCGUCUAUCAAGCAUCAACGUCGACAACAACAUUGACAACCGCCAAGCUCUCCGCGAGCUCCUUCUGACCUCUCCCAAUGCACUUACCUACCUCUCUGGUGUCAUUUUCUUUGAAGAAACCCUCUACCAAAAAACCCUAGAUGGAAAGCCCUUUGUCGAGCUCCUCAAGGAAAACAAUGUGGUCCCUGGAAUCAAAGUCGACAAGGGCACUGUCGAUUUAGCUGGUACCAAUGGAGAGACCACCACCCAAGGUUUCGAUUCGUUAGGAGCUCGUUGUCAGCAAUUCUAUGAGGCUGGGGCCCGGUUUGCCAAGUGGCGUGCGGUCCUCAAGAUUGGCAUCACUGAACCGUCUGAGCUGUCGAUCCAGCAGAAUGCGCAGGGAUUGGCGCGUUAUGCAAGGAUUUGUCAGGAUAACGGACUUGUGCCGAUUGUUGAGCCAGAGGUGUUGACGGAUGGGAGUCAUGACAUUAAGAAAUGUGCUGCUGUCACUGAAACCGUGCUUGCUGCCUGUUACAAGGCACUGAAUGACCACCAUGUUCUUCUAGAAGGAACGCUAUUGAAGCCCAACAUGGUUACACCAGGAUCUGAUAGCCCAAAGGUAGCACCGGAGGUGAUUGCACAAUACACGGUUACAGCAUUGCGCCGAACUGUCCCAGCGGCAGUGCCCGGAAUAGUGUUUUUGUCAGGUGGACAGAGUGAGGAAGAGGCAACAAUCAACCUGAAUGCCAUGAACAAGCUACAGGUGUUGAAGCCGUGGACACUUUCCUUCUCUUUUGGGCGGGCUCUGCAGCAAAGCACCCUUAAGACAUGGGGUGGAAAGAAGGAGAAUGUGGCCAAGGCUCAAGAGGUCUUCUUGGGAAGGUGCAAGGCCAAUUCCAACGCAACUCUGGGAAAGUAUGUCGGGGGAAGUGGUGAUGGUUUGGCUAAUGAGAGUUUGUAUGUAAAGGGUUACAAGUACUGAUGACCAUUCUCUGCGAGAAAUGGGAACGCUGAUUAGAAUCAUGUAUCCUCUUUGCUGUUGUUUUUCCCUUUCCUAUCCUUUAAAAUGUAAUUAACACUUUAUUAACACUUUUUCCAUAAGUCGAAACUAGUAAUAUAUUGUCACUAUAUAUGGUA